GCAAGCCUAGUAAUUUCAGUGCUACUGUGAAUGACAGUGAACCCGGGGUAGUCACAUUGACCUGGGAAACACCAGAAUGUCCGAAUGGUGUCAUCGAGUACUACUCCAUAUGCUUGUCAAGUGAGUCUGGACAAGUGUGUGAGAAGGAAACUUCAAGAGCCGAUAGCCGUAUUAGUCAGAUGGUGGCAGAAGGACAACUUGAGUGUAUUGAACAACCACAUGAAGAGGGAGCUGACACACACAGUCUCAGUGUGGAUGAACUAGGAGCUUACACAAAUUACACAUUUUCUAUCAAUGCCACUAACGGUGGAGCACCAGGUUUUGACACCAGCAAUUCAACGGAAUGCGUUGUGGAGACUCCACAAGAUGUACCUUCGCAGCCUCAAUAUCUGAACGCAGAGUCUGAGAAUUCUACUGCAGUACUUUUGAGCUGGAUGGCACCUAUGCAGAAAAAUGGGAUCUUGUUGUACUACAAUAUAAUGUGUAGUUACAAUAACGGAUCAGAACAAUUAAUUAAUGUAGAUUUAAAUGCCACUGAGGACUGUGAUUUGGAAUAUUUAUUCUCUGAUCUCGAACCAUGUGUUACAUACAGCUUCACUGUUGCUGCAACAACGUGUGCCGGUAUUGGAAAGGCAAGUGACACAGUCGUCAGUACCACAUAUUCAGCAAUUCCCAGCACUGCUGAUGUAUCAUCUGUAUCAGCCACUGGUUCUCACACUGUGAUUGUACAAUGGAAGAAACCCAGCGAGCCAGAAAACUGUGCUAUACUAAACUAUACACUAAGAUAUACAGCUGAAAGAGAGGGAUUACCAGUGGAUAAUGAUACAAUAGUCAGUUACAGUUCCAACUCUACAAGUGAGACACUGGAAGGUAUACCGGCAGAUCGGAUGGUCACCAUCUCUGUUGCAGCUAGCACAGCUGCUGGGCAGGGGGAGUUUGGUGAAAGCCAGUCUACUUACACUGAAGCUGAUAUCCCAGAGGCACCAUAUAAUUUGCACAUGUCUGUGAACAAUGACACUUGGGACACACUUGAUUUGAAUUGGCAUGAACCUAAUAACAGCAACUGGUUAGGAGAGACUCAAAGCUACACUGUGAGAUGGUACAAUUGCAUAGAUUACAGAGAGACACUGUGCAUUGAUGAGAUUGAAGGUACCAGCAACUGGACGUGUGUUCAUGGCAUUAGUGAAACCAGCUAUACAUUGGGUAACCUAACUGGAGAUUCUUAUGUUUGUGUCGGAGUUCAAGCCUUCACGAGUAACGCCAUCGGCAGCUGUUUCACUGCUACCGAAUCCCAGAAAAUGCCUCCUGGAGUUUCAGACCCACCGACAAUAACCUUACUUGAAGCAACGAGCUAUAAUGAAGUAAAGAUGGUGUGGGAAGAACCCAUAUCCACGCAUGGAGUACUUAAAGAAUAUCUCGUGGAAUACACAGUUAAUGAUGUCGUGGCACCAAACAAAAUUUUACCCAAAGAUGAUUGCUCCACUAUGCUUGAUGUCAAUGGAGACAAGAAUAUCUCUGCUAGAGUGAGAGCAAUAACCAGCUUAGAAGGAAAAUGGUCCUCAAGGAAAUACACCAUAACACCUGUUGGACCACCACCAGUACCCGACAGUAACCAAAUUCUUAGUUCACCAGAGGAUACAGACUAUAGCAGCACGUCCACUAUCACUAUCAGCUUUUCUCAGAGUGCUUUUAAAAAUGAUAAUGGGGACAUCGUUAGUUACGCUGUUCUUGUGACUGAAAGCGGCUGCCACGAUGAUAAAGAUUUCUAUAUAGGCAAUGCAGUGUGCGAAGAAGACGGUUGUGAAAUAGAGAAGAGAGAGCCAGGUACAUGGGGAAAUGCUGUCAAUGACGAAUGUCUUGCACCCUAUCAAGCUACCACCCCAGGUUGGAACCCAUGGGGUUCUUCUAAAGGAUCAAUAAAGAUUAACAAGGCUAUCAGUGAUGAGCAGAAGUUUGUGAUAGGUAAAGAGGAAUGUGACAACGAAAAUACUGCAGAUUUUUGUAAUGGUCCAUUAAGGAGCAAUACAGAUUACAAGAUUGUAGUUCGAGCUUUCACGAUGUGUGGGUACUCCACAAGCGCACCUCUAAUGACCUGGACUACUCUUGUCACUUGGUGGAUCUACAUUCUAGUGGUUGUGUUGCUGACCUUCAUUGUCCUGGGGAUCUUAUUUUAUUACUGUCGGAAUCAUAAAAUCCAGUCAGACGGAGAUAAUAUAAUCCCGCCUAAGCCAUUGACAGAUUUUCGAGUGAGAGAAAGGCCAGUGCCUCUGUCCAUCUUUCCAGCUUAUGUACAGAACAUGAAAAAAGACUCAAAUUUAAUGUUUUCUCAAGAGUAUGAGGACUUAAAGUCAAUUAUUGCAAAGCAGCCAAGUAAAGACGCUGCUGACCUGAUAGGCAACAAGUCAAAAAACCGAUUUAUCAACAUUUUGCCAUAUGACCAUUCACGUGUGAAGUUGGCUGUGAUUGAUGGAGAUAUGGAAUCUGACUACAUCAAUGCUGACUAUAUUCCUGGGCCUCACUUUAAAAAAGAGUACAUAGCUACACAGGGACCAACCACGCGAACACUGAAUGACUUCUGGAGAAUGAUAUGGGAAGAGGACGUUGAGGUGGUUGUCAUGUUGACACAGGUUAUGGAGCAUGGACGCCAAAAGUGUGAGCAAUACUGGCCUGACGAUGAUAUCGAUACAGUUUGGUACGGUGACAUCAAGGUACAUCUGGUAUCAGAGUCCACACUAAGUGACCAUGUCAUACGAGUCCUUGAAGUGGAGAAGGGUUCUGAAAUACACAUAGUGAAGCAGUUUCAUUUCAUUCAUUGGAAAGACUUUGGCAUUCUGGACAACUCCAGAAUCUUGCUAAACUUUGUGCGCACUGUUCGAAUGCACAUUCCACAUGCAUACACAGCUCCUAUUGUUGUGCACUGCAGUGCUGGCGUUGGAAGGAGUGGAACUUUCAUCUCGGUUGACCAAUUACUGCACAAAAUUCAACAGCAGCAAACGAUUGAUGUUUUUGGAUUGGUUCUGAAUAUGCGAGAAUAUCGUGCACACAUGGUGCAAACAGAAGACCAGUAUGUGUUUGUUCACGAUUGCCUUAGCGACGCGUUACAAGAAAGUACGCAUGCAUAUCACAAUGAUGCCUACCAGAAGGAUGAUGCGCCCAUCUAUGAGAACAUUAACCCAGUGCAAUAUCCUGAUAAGAUGGCUUCAAGUGUCUUGUAGAAGAUUGAUCUAUCUUUCGAUAGUGCCAAAGAAAGAUGAACUUCUGGCCAGUGUGGUUUGAAAUGGCUAUACCACAGGUGUGCCUUUGGUCUUGUGACUCCAACUACUAAAUGUCAUUGACAAUGGCAGUCCCCAAUUCCAGAUGUUAUAGUCACAAUAAUCUAAUAUUGAUAUUGAUCAUAAUUGGAGGUUCAUCUAUCAGAUUGAUUUCAUCCAGCUUGCAGUAAAUGGUUGAGAUGCUGUACUCAGAAUAGUUAACACAUGCAUACAGACAAAUCGUAUGCAUGUGUGUGGUAUUUAUGUGCUUCAGUUUUCAGGUUUGAUCUUAGAUACGCAUAAUUGUUAUUGUACAUGCCUGCAAGCUAAAUUCAUAGUUAUCUUUGUGAUUUUCUUGUGCCAAAAGACCCUCUGUAUCUGCCAGAGUACAUGAAAUACGAAAUUGUAUUUUGCUUUAUUUGUAUGUAUUUAAGUGAUGCUUACGCGAGUAUGAAAGUAUCAGCUAGCUAACGCUCCAUUAGGAGUGUUUCCAACUUUGAUAUCAUUAAUGAUUAAUGGUUAAUGAUUAAUGAUUGAU